AUGGAGGGCGGAGGAGGAAACAUCAAGGUCGUCGUCCGUGUCCGGCCCUUCAACAGCAGGGAACGCGACCGGAAUGCAAAAUGCAUAGUCCAGAUGAAAGGCGCCCAGACGGUGCUCACACCACCCCCCGGCGCAGAAGAAAAGUCCCGCAAGGGCGGCAAGUCGUCGUCCUCCACCUCCGCCGCCCCAGAGGGCCCGCGAGUCUUCGCCUUCGACAAGUCAUACUGGUCCUUCGACCGCAAGGCCCCCAACUACGCCGGCCAGGACGACCUCUUCUCCGACCUCGGCGCCCCCCUGCUCGACAAUGCCUUCCAGGGCUACAACAACUGCAUCUUCGCAUACGGCCAGACCGGCUCCGGCAAGUCGUACUCCAUGAUGGGAUACGGCGAAGAGGCUGGCGUCAUCCCCAAGAUAUGCAAGGAGAUGUUCCAGCGUAUAGCCGCCAUGCAGGCCGCCGACAAGAACCUAACCGCCACAGUCGAAGUCUCCUAUCUGGAGAUAUACAACGAGCGCGUGCGAGACCUGCUCAACCCGGCUAACAAGGGGAAUCUGAAGGUCAGAGAGCACCCUUCGACGGGCCCGUAUGUCGAGGAUCUCGCGAAGCUGGUCGUGCAGCGGUUUCCGGAGAUAGAGCACCUCAUGGACGAAGGGAAUAAGGCCAGGACGGUCGCGGCGACGAAUAUGAACGAGACCUCCAGCAGAUCGCAUGCCGUCUUUACCCUGACCCUGACGCAGAAACGGCACGAUGCCGAGACCACCAUGGACACGGAGAAGGUGUCGCGUAUCAGCCUCGUUGAUCUCGCGGGCUCAGAGCGCGCAACGUCCACGGGGGCCACGGGGGCUCGGCUCAAGGAAGGCGCGGAGAUUAACAGGUCGCUUUCGACCCUGGGAAGAGUCAUUGCCGCCCUGGCGGAUUUGUCCUCGGGCAAGAAGAAGGCCGUUGUUCCCUACCGUGACUCGGUUCUGACCUGGUUGCUCAAGGAUUCGCUGGGCGGGAACUCGAUGACCGCUAUGAUUGCGGCGAUUUCGCCCGCGGACAUCAACUAUGACGAGACCCUGAGUACGCUGCGGUAUGCCAACAGCGCCAAACGCAUCAAGAACCAUGCCGUUGUCAACGAGGAUCCGAACGCGCGGAUGAUAAGAGAGCUCAAGGAGGAGCUCGCGCAGCUUAGAAGUAAGCUUGGCGGAGGCUCGGGCGCGGCUGCGGGAGGGGGCGUGGGUGCAGGCAUGCCGCAGGAGGAAUACCCGCCCGGAACUCCGCUGGAGGAACAGAUGGUUACCAUCGUGCAGCCGGACGGAUCUGUCAAGAAAGUGAGCAAAGCCGAGAUCGUCGAACAGCUCGACCAGAGCGAGAAGCUGUACAAAGACCUCAACCAGACGUGGGAAGAGAAGCUGCAGAAGACGGAGGAGAUCCACAAGGAGAGAGAGGCCGCCCUCGAAGAGCUCGGGAUCAGUAUCGAAAAGGGCUUCGUGGGGCUAAGCACGCCCAAGAAGAUGCCGCAUCUGGUCAAUCUCAGUGACGACCCGCUGCUGGCGGAGUGUUUGGUAUAUAACAUCAAGCCCGGCACCACCACCGUGGGGAAUGUCGAUGCCGCUCAUUCUACUUGCGAGAUACGUCUGAACGGGUCCAAGAUUCUGCAUGAACACUGCACGUUCGAGCAUGUCGAUAACAUCGUUACCGUGAUACCGUGCGAGGGCGCCGCGGUCAUGGUCAACGGCGUACGCAUCGAUAGCCCGCAGAGACUCAGGAGCGGCUUCAGGAUCAUACUGGGGGACUUUCACAUCUUUCGCUUCAACCAUCCCAUGGAAGCGCGGGCGGAGCGUGUCGAGCAGAGCCUGCUCCGGCAUUCCGUCACCACAAGCCAGCUUGGCUCGAGCACGCCUGUGCGGUCGGGUCCGGGGCACGAUCGAAACAUAAGCAAGACCGGCUCCGAGAUAGACGGUGACUCGAGCCGGUCUGGCUCUCCGCUGUCUUCACAGCGAGGCGGCAGCGGUCGAGAAGAUUGGUUUUAUGCCCGCAGAGAAGCAGCGAAUGCGAUACUAGGUACCGAUCACAAGAUAUCUGCGUUGACGGACGACGAGCUAGAUGCGCUGUUCGACGACGUGCAGAAGGCUCGUGCGGUGCGGAAGGGGUUUUACGAGAACAGAUUCCUGGAUAUGGAGGAGGAUUCGGACUCGUUGAGCUCAUACCCUAUCAGAGAAAAGAAAAACUAUGUGCGGAUGGUCGAGUCCGUCUUGCAGCAUGCUUCGCUCCUCAAGGAAGCACAGGUGAUGAGCCAUAUAAUGGACAAGAACGUCUUUUUCCAAUUCGCCAUCGUCGACGUCGGUCAGAGCAUGGGCUCUUCAUACGAUCUGGUGCUAAACGGCAUAUCAGGCGACGACGACGUUGCCCUGGACGAUGCGAAGAAGCCCUGCAUCGCGGUGCGGGUCAUCGACUUCAAGCAUAAUGUCAUUCUCCUCUGGUCGCUCGACAAGCUCGAACGCCGCGUACAGGCCAUGCGCCAGAUGCACCAAUACAUCGACAGGCCAGACUACAUCCAGCAUUUCAAGCUUGAAAACCCCUUCUCGGAACAAUGCUCGCCUACUUACUCGCUUGUCGGAGACGCAGAUGUACCCCUGACCGCAGUCUUCGAGUCCAGGGUGCAAGACUUCUCCGUAGAAGCGGUUUCAAUCUACACCCAGAACGUCAUCGGAAUACUCAGGCUGUCCCUCGAACCCUCCGCGGCACAGGCGCCUUCAUCGACGCUCAAAUUCAACGUCGUCAUGCGGGAUCUAGUCGGGUUCGCUGAACGUGAGGGCACCGAUGUUCACGCCCAGCUGUUCGUGCCAGGUAUUUCGGAAGAAGGCGGCGCAACCACGACACAGAUAAUAAGCGGAUUUGACGAAAACCCAGUCCAAUUCGAAAGCGUGCAUAGCAUGAGUUUGCCACUGAACAGUCCGCGAACAUCGACUUUGAAAGUGAGCAUUUUCGCGCUCGUGUCCACCAUGCAUCUUGAUAAGCUGCUUAGUUGGGAUGAAAUGCGAGAUGCCCCUGAAGCGCCGCCGCAGAAGAGGAAAGCACCUCGGAUAGCGGAGUCGGAAUACUUCCAGGAAGAAAGACACGAUGUCUUUGCUGGCGUGCAGAUACUGGAACUCGCUGAGAACGGCGAGUAUCUUCCCGUAGACGUCGUGCAGGCUAACAGCCUGGAAGCCGGAACCUACCAGCUUCAUCAGGGGCUUCAGCGCCGUAUCGUCGUGAACCUGGCGCAUAGCUCGACGGAGAGUUUGCCGUGGGAUGAUCUUACCGGUCUGCGAGUAGGUGGUGUCCGGCUUCUCGACCCAUGGGGUAAAGUGCCAGACCUAGACGAUGGGAAGUCGCCCGAUAUACCGCUUAAAAUGAUCCAGGAGCCAAUGGUCAAGGAUAACGCGGAUGGGUCGUCAAAUAUAACGAUCAUCGGACAGUGGGAUUCUAGCUCGCAUGGCUCGCUGCUCCUCGACCGUACGACGGCAGAUAAGUAUCGUGUCCAGAUAACGCUGCGCUGGAACCUGAUUUCCUCCCGUCUCCAGGAACCCAUUGUCUUCGAACUUGAUCAGUCUCUUCAGAUCCUAGGCCGAUCUAGCGUCCGUCCACAGUCGAUGUUCAAGCAGUUCUGGACCUCUACGCGCGUGGUGCACUCGACCUCGCAGAUGUUCUCUGUCGCUGUCCGGCCGGUUUCAGCCAAACGGGCUGCGGACCUGUGGCGCAUGAAUACGCAAAACGACUACAUCAAGGGCGAGGAGCUACUGACUACCUGGUCUCCGCGGAAAGUCUCCCUGAUAAAGGAUUACAUAGCUGCGCGGAAGAGGAGACAUCGAGUAGCCGAGAUUGAAGCUGCCAGAGCUGCUCUGAGCGACGGCAGCUUGACCCCUCUAUCAGCAACAAACGGCCGGUCCACCCCGUUAUCACGAAAUAUACCCGAAAACGCCGAGAGACGAGAUCAGCUACUACGUAAAUAUCUCAGUCUUUGGUCCGCAAGCAAAGAUCCUACAGACGCAAUCCUCGUAAAGGACCAUAUAGAACCUCCUUUGCAAGGGGCCGCAUUUGCACCGACCUCAUCCACAACCGCAACAGGCUCCUCCACAGAUAAUGAUAGCAUAACCUCCAGCGCAAACGCCUCUUCUCAACCAUCAACAUCAACGGAUAGAUCAUCGUCAAAACCUCGCUUCCUCGCAACCAUCACACAUAUUCCGAAAAACCCCACCAUCCUCAAGUCCGGCUACCUCUACACCCCAGACGAUACCUAUAGCCUAUGGGUCCGUCGCUUCGUCGAGCUCAGGCUGCCUUAUCUGCAUAUAUACUCCGUACCUGACGGUGAUGAAAUAAACGUCAUCAACUUGCGCAAUUCACACGUCGACCAUGACCCGGAUUUCGCCAGGUUACUCGUCGGAUCUGGCAACGGUCUAUCGACGCGCGGUCAACCAAAUGUGUUCGCCGUGUUUGGAACACAGAAUACAUUCCUCUUCGCUUCGCGGACCGAAGCACAGAAGAUCGAAUGGAUACUGAAGAUCGACGAGGGUUACUUCAGCGGUAUCAAUAAUAGUAAUGGGGGCCGCGCGGGUUCUAGACGAUAA